UUCCACUGGAGCAGACAAUAGGCCAGUUUCGUCAAGCUGCCUCACAUCAUGUUAUUCACAACAGGAAGUGGGUUGGUCUAUUAAAGUAAAAGCACAACGUUAGUAGAGUAGAGUAGAGCUUUAUUCAUCCCCCUUGGGGGAAACAUACUAGUACAGUAGCAAGUGGCAGUGCAGAAAAAGAGAGAAGAGGAGUUAACACAAUAAAUAGAGUAAAAAGAACUAAAAAGCUGCUGGACUUGAACAAUGUACUGAUAAUGCGAGAAUUUUUGUUUUCCGUUACUAAUUUACAACAGUAUUAACACAAACACUAUUGAGCUGCAUACUAAGCUAACUAGAGUUAUCACACAACUUAAUAACUUAAGUUAAUAAGUUUGAAAGAACAGGAAAAUUAUCAGUGAGUAUUUCCAUGCCAAUAUGUCUCCAUCAUUAGAGACAAAAUUGCAACUAAAUUACUUUGUGACUUAAGAGGAUUACAUUUGUAUUUAACAAUGAUCUCUAACAUGUUAUAGCUACAUGGUUAGAGAAUAAUGUUUGUCAUUUAAUUCUGUUAAACCUGCAAAUGCAGCAGUAGUUUUUUGUUAUAUGUAUUAAAUGACCAUUGUUGGACAUUUUAUGGAAUUUAUGACCAUUUAAAAAAACUUCAAGUAACCCAUAAAAUGUGUCCCAGCAUUAAUCAGACAUUUGAUACCUUGGUCCAUUGGUAAACAGCAGUUUUUUUUAAUUUAUUUAUUGCUUUACAUUUUAUUUUGAAAUAUAAUGAGCGGAUGUGAGCUGUGCCCCUCGUCACCGCGUCAAGUGUUUUCAGCCGAACAUCAUCUGGACUCUGGUAUAGAAAUGUCCUCUCCUCCUGUGUGUUUUGGAGGUUCAUUAAAACUCACCGCCGCCAUGACGUAGACCAUCUGCGGGUGUUUGGAUGAAGACUGACGGAGGCUGCAGCAGGGAGGAGGAAGUCUCUGAGGGACAGACGGAGGAUGUACUGGGCUGCUGGCCUCGCCUCCUCCCGGCCGUGUGUUGUUGAGCUUGGGCGGAAUCACAGCCUGCCUCUCGGGCUGUGCGCCUCCGAGCAGCAGCAGUCAUUGUAUGGCUACAUCAUCGCCGUCCCUCUGCAGGAGUACGGAGGCAUCAUGUCGGUGCUGGGCUCGGACUCCUGGUGGAAGAAGACCCUGUACAUCACCGGGGGGGCCCUGCUGGCCGCUGCAGCCUACCUGCUGCACGAACUGCUCGCAAUCAGGAAGGAACAGGAGUUGGACUCUAAGGAUGCCAUCAUCCUCCACCAGUUCUCCAGGCCAAAGAACGGUGUCCCCAGCCUCUCACCCUUCUGCCUCAAAUUAGAGACGUACCUGCGUAUGGUAGAUCUGCCCUAUCAGAACUACUUUGACGGGAAGCUGUCACCGCAGGGAAAGAUGCCCUGGAUUGAGUACAACCAUGAGCAGGUUUCGGGGUCAGAGUUCAUUGUGGACUUUUUGGAGGAGAAGUUGGGCGUCAACCUCAACAAGAACCUAACACCACAUGAAAGAGCAGUGUCCAGAGCUGUGACCAAAAUGGUGGAGGAGCAUCUUUACUGGACGAUCGCCUACUGUCAGUGGGUGGACAACCUGGAAGAAACCCAGAAGCUUCUGGCCAUGAGUGGACCCCUGAGUGACACGCUGAAGUGGAUACUGAGUCACCUGAAUGGCAGCAUGGUACGCAGAGAAAUGUACGGCCAUGGCAUUGGACGCUUCUCCAAGGAGGAGGUUUACACCCUGAUGGAGAAGGACAUGAGGACACUGGCCACACUGCUUGGUGAUAAAAAAUACUUUAUGGGUUCUAAAAUGUCCACGUUAGAUGCUACGGUCUUUGGGCACCUAGCACAGGCUAUGUGGACGUUACCUGGAACACGACUUGAACAACUCAUCAAAGGUGAGCUGAUCAACCUUGCCAUGUUCUGCGAGCGGAUGCGUAGGAAGUUCUGGCCUGAGUGGUUUGUGGAGUUGGAGGACCUUUAUUAUGAAGGCGACAGCGACAGCAGCGGUGGUCGUGGCUCUCCUACAGGCCCGCUGGACUUCGGCCUCUUCUCCAGGACUGACACUCUGGACGACAGUGAUGGCAGCUGCCAUUCAGCAGAACCCUCGCCGCAGACGCACUACCCUGAGUCCGACCACUCACUGUUUGACUCAGACGUAGGCACGGGAUCUGAUAAUGAUGUUCAGCUGAAGGAUGAGCCGAUGCCGGCCCUGGAGGUUUGACCCAGGAAGGUACAGAGGCAGACUGGUGUCCAUCGGUGGAAGAAACUAUUUCAAUUCAUCCACUUAAAAUAACCAACACGUCCCAACUUCUUGGUGAACAACAUUGGUAUUUACAUGCAGAGCGUACUUAGGUCGAGACUGUCCCCGGGGGCAGUUCCUCUUUGCCUUAUUUGUUUCUUUUCAAAGAUGCAGAAACUAGUGUGGAAGGUCAAUACAGAGGACGUCUCAUGAGACCUGGGGCAGCAGAGACAGAGCCUGUCCACCUUGUGUCCAUACACCCAUGCAGGCAGAUGGAGAUUGAUCAUGUGAUCAUAAAGCAGGAUCAAACAGCAGCACGGUGCUCACAGGUUUGUGUUACAUUUUAGAACAGAGACUUUCUGCUGGGAUUUUGAUUGAGUUUGAUUGAGUAGACUGUAUAUAAGAAAUGGAUAGAGCUGUCGUUGACAAUAAAAGACUAAGACUAAGAAAAGAAAUUAUGCAAGGAACUGUUUGUUUUGUAGGGUGAAAGGAUAUUAAACCGCUGUUGGUGCAACUCUAAAGAUGAAGACAUGGUUUUAUAAAAUAAUCCAAAGGAUGCUGACCGCUGUAAAACCUCAAGUAGAAUAAAAAAAGAGGAAAUGGUCACGAUAAUACAACAGAUGAGUUCACA